GUACUUCAGCUUAAACCCCAAUAGGGUUUAGGUCUCUUUUUUCAACUCCCCUCUCUCUCGAACUUCACCUCUCUGUAGCGUCUCUAAUGUCUCCCGCUUUGAGCAGAAGCCUAUACACAGGUCCUUUGACCUCUCUUCCCCUUGCUUCGGCUUCUUCUCUCAAGAAUCGGAGCCGGGUCUCUAACCUCAGAAAUGCGUUUGUGCCGCGUAGCGUUCUCAGAAACGGCGUUUCGUGUAAUGGGUUGAGGCUGUAUUCCGAGAAUAGGUGCAACCGCUUCGCGGUGCGAUGCGACGCGGCGGUGGCGGAGAAAGAGACGGCUGAGGGCUCCGGCGAGAAGUUCGAGUACCAAGCUGAGGUUAGUCGCUUGUUGGAUUUGAUUGUUCAUAGCUUGUACAGCCACAAGGAGGUGUUUCUUCGGGAGCUUGUAAGCAAUGCAAGUGAUGCUUUGGAUAAGCUGAGGUUCUUGAGUGUGACAGAACCUUCAUUGCUGGGAGAUGGAGGGGAGCUUGAGAUUCGCAUCAAGCCAGAUCCCGAGAACGGAACAAUUACUAUAAGCGAUACCGGUAUUGGAAUGACAAGGGAAGAACUUAUAGAAUGCCUCGGAACAAUUGCUCAGAGUGGUACUUCCAAAUUCUUGAAGGCUCUUAAGGAAAAUAAGGAUCUUGGUGCUGACAACGGUUUGAUUGGCCAGUUUGGUGUUGGGUUUUAUUCUGCUUUCUUAGUUGCUGAGAAGAUUGUCGUGUCCACCAAAAGCCCGAGAUCCGACAAGCAAUAUAUUUGGGAAUCGGUAGCUGACAGUAGCUCGUAUGUGAUUAGGGAGGAAACAGAACCUGAAAAGCUUCUGCCUCGUGGAACACAAAUCACUCUUUUCUUACGGGAGGAUGAUAAAUAUGAAUUCUCGGAACCCACAAGAAUCAAGAAUCUAGUAAAGAAUUAUUCUCAGUUCGUCGGAUUUCCCAUCUAUACGUGGCAGGAGAAAUCAAGAACUAUAGAGGUCGAAGAGGAGGAACCGGCUAAAGAAGGAGAAGAAGUAAAAGAGGGUGAGACCAAGAAGAAGAAGACCACUAAAACCGAGAAGUAUUGGGAUUGGGAACUUGCCAAUGAAACAAAACCAAUAUGGAUGCGAAAUGCUAAAGAAGUCGAAAAAGAAGAGUACAAUGAGUUUUAUAAGAAGACUUUCAACGAGUUCUUGGAUCCUCUUACCCACACACACUUCACUACCGAGGGUGAGGUCGAGUUCAGGAGCAUCCUCUACGUCCCUGGAAUGGGUCCUCUCAACAACGAGGACGUGAUGAAUCCGAAAACAAAGAACAUACGUUUGUAUGUGAAGCGUGUGUUUAUCUCUGAUGACUUUGAUGGAGAGCUGUUCCCGAGAUACUUGAGUUUUGUUAAGGGUGUGGUGGACUCAGAUGAUCUUCCUCUUAACGUUUCCCGUGAAAUUCUUCAGGAAAGCAGAAUCGUGAGAAUCAUGAGGAAGAGACUCGUGAGGAAAACUUUCGACAUGAUACAAGAAAUCUCUGAAAGUGAAAACAAAGAGGAUUAUAAGAAAUUCUGGGAGAAUUUCGGGAGAUUCCUUAAACUGGGAUGCAUAGAAGACACGGGUAACCACAAGCGUAUUACACCGUUGCUUAGAUUCCAUAGCUCCAAGAGUGAAGAAGAGCUCACAAGCUUGGAUGAAUACGUCGAGAACAUGGGCGAGAACCAAAAGGCCAUCUACUACCUCGCAACCGACAGUCUGAAAAGUGCAAAGUCUGCUCCUUUCUUGGAGAAAUUAGUCCAAAAAGACAUCGAGGUUCUUUACUUGGUUGAACCAAUUGAUGAGGUUGCUAUCCAGAAUCUGCAAACCUACAAAGAAAAGAAAUUCGUGGACAUCAGCAAGGAAGAUUUGGAGCUUGGUGAUGAAGAUGAGGUGAAGGAAAGGGAAACAAAACAAGAGUUCAAUCUUCUUUGUGACUGGAUAAAGCAGCAACUGGGUGAAAAAGUAGCAAAAGUGCAAAUCUCGAAACGUCUAAGCUCUUCUCCUUGCGUGCUUGUCUCUGGCAAAUUCGGAUGGUCUGCUAACAUGGAAAGGCUGAUGAAGGCACAGGCACUAGGAGACACUUCAAGCUUGGAGUUCAUGAGGGGUCGGAGAAUACUAGAGAUAAACCCCGACCAUCCUAUCAUCAAAGACUUGAACGCUGCAUGCAAGAACGCGCCUGAAAGCGGAGAGGCUAAGAGAGCGGUGGACCUCUUAUACGACACUGCUUUGAUCUCCAGUGGAUUCACUCCUGAUAGCCCGGCCGAGUUGGGCAACAAGAUCUACGAGAUGAUGGCUAUGGCCGUGGGAGGACGAUGGGGCCGAGCCGAAGAAGAACAACAAGAAGGAGGAGAAGAAGAAGAAACUGCUGAAGCAGAAGUUGUUGAACCGUCAGAAGUUAGAGCAGAGAAUGAUCCAUGGCAAGAUUGAUUUUUUUUUUUUGAUUCAUACUUUUCUCUUGUUAGUCACAGAACCCAGUUUUUUUUUUUUAAUACAAAGAUUUGGUCACCCUUUUUGGGAUUUAGGAUCAAUACCAAAGGGAUUUUUGCA